AUUCCCAAGGCCUGCUUUUCAACCAAAGCGAGCAGAAGAAGAGCACCAAAAUCCCGUAAAUUUAUACGUCGAAUUCCAAAGUUCGAAGCUUUUCGAUCUUCUCCAAUGGCGGACGAUGUGAUCGAUGCGUUUGCUUAGUUUAGCUGGCUAAAAAGUUUGGUUUUUUGGUGUUCUUUUGGUUCGAUGGGGGCGGUGUGGGCUGGGAGGCACCAGAAGGUUGCAGGAGGGGUCUCGGCGAGAUGGGUGUUCUUUCUCUGUGUGUCCUGCUUCUCUCUGGGCGUCCUCGUUGUCAAUAGAGUUUGGAGUGUGCCUGAUCUGGUUAAAGCAAGUGAGAAGGCGGACAGGUAUCAGAGGGGAAACUCUGAAGUUCACAUAAACUGUGAGAAGAAGGAGGCUUCUUUCCAAAAUGAUGAUAUUCUUGAUCAAGUUUCUCAAACGCAUGAUGUGAUUAUGUCACUAGAUCGUACUAUAUCUAAUCUUGAGAUGCAACUAGCAGCAGCUAGAGCUUCACAGGCAAACAAAUCUCCAAUGCCAACAAAAACUGGUGGAGAUAUGUCCAAUGAGCGUCCAAAAGUUUUCUUUGUCAUGGGAAUUAUAACUGCUUUUAGUAGCAGGAAACGUAGAGAUUCGAUAAGGGAGACUUGGAUGCCUCGAGGAGAAAAGUUAAGAAAGCUUGAGGAAGAUAAGGGAAUUGUCAUGCGGUUUGUUAUUGGCCAUAGUGCGACCGCUGGUGGUGUUUUGGACCGUGCCAUAGAUGCAGAAGAAGAACAGCAUCAGGACUUCCUCAGGCUGGAUCAUGUUGAAGGGUAUCACGAGUUAUCUUCAAAAACUCAGAUAUAUUUCUCAACUGCAGUGGCAAAUUGGGAUGCUGAGUUUUAUGUGAAGGUGGACGAUGAUGUUCAUGUCAAUCUCGGUACAAUUGGUUCUAUUCUAAGUCGAUACAGGUCCAAACCUCGUGUUUAUAUUGGCUGUAUGAAGUCUGGACCCGUUCUUUCGAAGCAAGGAGUCAAGUAUCAUGAACCAGAAUACUGGAAGUUUGGAGAGGAAGGCAACAAAUACUUCCGACAUGCCACCGGACAAUUGUAUGCCAUAUCGAAAGACUUGGCUACCUUCAUAUCAGUCAAUCGGCAUAUAUUGCACAAGUUCGCGAAUGAAGAUGUUUCUUUGGGUUCCUGGUUCAUUGGCCUCGACGUCGAGCAUAUAGAUGAAAGGAGCCUCUGUUGUGGGACUCCACCAGACUGUGAAUGGAAAGCACAAGCUGGUAAUCCCUGUGCAGCAUCCUUUGAUUGGAGUUGCAGUGGCAUUUGCAAGUCAGUAGAGAGAAUGGAGGAGGUUCACCAGCGCUGUGGAGAGGGUGAUGGAGCUGUUUGGCACUCUUCUUUCUAAAUAUCCAAAAUUUAUCAUUAAUAGUAGUUGUUUUGUUAUUGUGAUGUAUUUAUGUAUAUUAGUAGUGUAGAAGCUUUAGUUAGUUAAAUCUUUGUAUCCUUCUACCAAGAAUUUUUGUAGAUUAACUUCUGAACCAUUAAUUUUACUAUGAGUUUUCUUGUUUUGAA